AUGGCAGCCAUGUGGACGCUGGCGCGGCUCGAGCGUGCGGUCGAGACCUUCUCGGCACAGCUGCAGUGCGCGAUCUGUCUCUGUGCGUACGAGAAUCCCGUGUCGCUGCCGUGCAAUCACUGCUUCUGCGAAGAGUGUAUCCAUCGGGCGCUGGAGCUGAAAACGCUCUGUCCUAUCUGCAAGACGCCGGCGAACAAACGGCGUCUACGCUACGACACGACACUACGAGAGCUCCUUCGAGCGAUGGAGAUGCUCAGUGCUACGCCAGAAAAAGUCGUGCAAGCUGAGACGCCCAAAGCGGAUGGAGAAGAGAAGGAACUGCCGCGUCGUGCGGCGGCUCAAGUUGCUGGAACGCCGCCGCCGCCGCCGCGACGCAGUACACGCAACUUGACGGCCGGUAGCUCAUUGUUGACGAAUAAGCGAGUGACUGGAAAGUAUUUGCCGCUGUGCAGUCAGCUGGAGGUAAACGAAGAAAGCGCAGCUAGGGGCGGUGCCCUGGCAGAAAGAAGAUCGUCGCCUCGACGGGCGCUGCUGCAGGACGUACAGUCGCCGACGACAGAUGGUCUGCUUUCAGAUGUCAAGUCUGGUAACAGGGCUAAGCCUCGAAGAGUAGAUGCGCGUGCUUGCAAACUCACCAAGGAAGAUACGGUGGAGACGCUUACGUUGCAACCACCCGUUGAUGCUGAUGACGGAAGUGCAGUAGAUGUUGUCGUAGCUGAAACGCAGUUAGACGAUGUGGAGAAACAGUUGCGCAUGACAAGACGGCGACGGCAGAUGUGCACACAGUUAGAUGCGGUACAGGACGAUGAUAACACGCAGCGAGUACCGAGUACGCGACUGCGGUCUGCUGCUAAUCCAGUUGCAGUGGCAAACACUCGCUCGAAUAAGACGUUGCUUCGGACAUCAACAUCACGCAAAAGACGGCGGACAACAGUCAGUGGCGCCGCGCCAGAUAUAGCUGCAGGUAUAGCGUUAAGGAGGACGGCAGUGUCUAGCAGACCGCUACCGCCUCGCUCUGGAUCGGUGCGUGUCUCCCCACUGGCUGUUGAUUGCCAACCGCCCAUACGAAGCGCCGAAGGCAAAGCAUUGUUUCAAGUGGGAGAUCUGGUGGAUGUCAUCGAGCGGCAGUGGGUGGGCAUCAACAAACGGAGUGGGGCUGCGCGCAUCACGAAAGUUUGUGGGGACGGCUUUUACGCAGUCAAAUUCGUAAUGGGCUGUCGAGAUAAUCGCGUGCCAGAAAGUUGUAUUCGCCGGCCUGCAAAGGAGUUGAUGUCAGAAACGACACCGAGUUAUGUCGUGAAACAGCGUCAACGUCGGCGCGUCUCCGACACGUCGACCUCACCACACUCUGCAGCCAAGACGAAAGUGUCUGACGACACUCCAAAAGUCACGGCAAAAAGGAAGACAAAGCAGACGGCAAAGCAGAAGCACUCGACUAUGGUGUUUCUAUGCUCGGGGUUCGAAAAGUGUCGGAUGCAGCAGAUCAAGAAGUGGGCUGACCAGCUUAAAGCUGAAGUUGUACAAUGUUGGACCCAUGACGUGACCCACUUGAUUGUGAAAUGCGUAGAUGGCGACGAUGCCGAGGAAGGGGACUCUUCGAUAGACGAUUUUGAAACUUCGUCGUCAGGACGGAAACACCGUCAUGAGAAGCAUCGACGAUUCACUGGAUCGAAGUCAGGCCGAUGGGUGAAGACUCGAUCGCUGAAAUAUCUCAAGGCGUUAGUUGCUGGUCGGUGGAUUGUGAGCGACGAGUGGCUCCAAGCUUGUGCUGAGCAUGGCAGUUAUGUCAGCGAAGCAAAGUAUGAGGUUGACGGUCAUUGGAAGGGAAGGGGUAGUCAAGACGCCGCCAAGCGGUCACGGCUGAUACGAGAAAAGCUUCUCCAGUUGUCUUCACCAGAUAUCGACCGCUCAACUGUUGGCACGACGCUAUUUGCCGAUUUCUGCUUCUACAUUGUUGGUGAGUUCCUUCCUCCCAUACCACCCGUUGCGGAGCUAAACACCUUGAUAACCAUGGGCAAUGGGAAACUGAUCACAUCCAUGGACGAUAUCCGUGACGAGAUGCACAAACGCGAGAAUCGCACACGGAAACUUAUUAUUGUGUCGGACAAGAUCAACCCGACUGCUUUACGUCAGCAGACGAGGUACCUCAAAGCGUUGUCCCAAGUGAAAGCGGUGCGGUCAGUGAUCGUUGUGAAUUACUUGUGGGUGGUCAACAGCAUCAGCGAGGCGAGUCUCCGCGGCCUUCCUGUGUUGUGA